CCACCACUCUGGAUCAGUAGUAAGACUAGACUUUUAUAAAUUUUAAUAAUAUUUAGGAAUACCAGUGUAGACAGACAGAUAUGACUGACGUCCUUCUAAAUAAAGUUAGUGUGUGUGUCAUAACGGGUCCCACCAGAGGACUGGGAAGGAGCAUGGCGCAUCAAUUUUCUCGAAAGUUACCCAAAGGAUCGUUGUUUAUUCUUCUUUCGAGAAAUCAACCUCUUCUGGAUAGUGCUGCUGAUAUGGUCCUAGAGAAUGAAGGCAUAAGGGCCGUAACAGGAAUUUUAGAUCAGCAAGGCAGUGACCAAGGCGUGUUUGACAACAUUUUACAAGACUGCUUAGCAAGGGCAAAAGCUGAUGUAGCAGAAUUUGAACAAGCAAUUCUUGUGAAUAAUGCUGGUUCUCUUGAACCGCUAGAGUUUGUUCGGGACCUUGACAAUGUUAAUAUAAUUUCAUCUUAUUUCAACACAAACUUAACUGGGUGCAUUGCCCUGACUUCUAAAUUUCUACAAAUCUUCAAAUCAUCAAUUUUAAAAUCAAGAGUAAUCAUUAACAUUUCUUCACUAGCAGCUAUUUCACCAAUGAAAAGCUGGCUUUUAUACUGCAUGGGUAAGACUAGAAAGAGUGAGAAUAAUUAGCAGUGUGAGUGUGAUAUUUGUUAUAAUAAUUCAUAUAAUUAAUUCUUAGACAGUGUCAUUACUAGGCUUUUAUUUUUAUUAGCUUUAGUCAGACUUAUUAAACUGUUAAUAAAUAAAAAUAGGCCUAAUAUUAAAUUUAUCAAAAUCUAUUGGGUAAUUAAAAAAAACACAGCGCAGAGAAAUCCUGAAAGAGGUAAAAACAACCAACAUCUAAAAAUAAAAUGCUGGUAAAUUCAGACAGUCUGCGCCACGGCUGUCAUCUUGGUUGUCAUGACCCGUGAAAGGUCACCCUAAACUUAUCCUUAAAUCUAACCUGAACACUAAACCUCUUAAGUUAAAUAAACCACCUAAAAGAUGACAUCAUGGCGCGAAUUGUCUGCUUUAUAUAAAAGGCCUUUUUCGGCAAACAAAAUAACAGUAAAACUUAAGAAGAACUUAUAACUUAUAGAAUUUCAAGUUGCGAUAAGUCUGAGAGAAAAGUGCUGACUGCAAGCUUUUUAUUACUUACCUACUAUUUUAUUAUUAGGCCUAAGAAAUAUAAGAUUUUGAGUUCUGUGUUGCAAUGGCAACACUGUUGACCUCAUGGCCAAGAUUAGCUUGUUUAAUUUCAUCUGUGGUUAUCUACAACUGGGGGAAGCAGAAAUUACUGGCUGGAACUGACUUUUUAGUGAAGUUAAAAUAGUAGUUCUUGGGGAAUAGGUAAAAAAAAAACCUCAACCACUGAUGUCAGAUAGGGUGGUCCAACUGAACUUGGCCUGGGAUAAAAAAUUACCAGAUUCUGUCUUUGCAAAAUAACUGUUGUCUUAUCAGGUAAUAAUGCAUAUCACAAGAAUCUAAUCUUCCCAAUGGCAAUGCAACUGCACACUGUGCUUUUAAGAAUUUGACCCUAAAUUGGGUGUUAGCUGGCUCUUAAACAUUUUUUUUUUAAAAUGCUUGAUCUACUAAAAAAAAUUUAGUAUUUUGGGUUUUUAAUUUUAAUUAUUUUGAUUUAACGCACAUGAAAAAAAUGUGUAAAUCAAUACUGUUAAUAUUUGUACCAUUAGCCAAAUCUGCACGUGAUAUAAUGAUGAAAGUAGUUGCAGAGGAAGAAGAAAAUAUAAGGACUCUAAACUAUGCACCUGGACCAUUGGUUACAGACAUGACUGAUAUUGCUUGCCAGAAUACAAAAGACAUGGAUCUAAGACAUUGGUUUGAAGGUAUUUCAUGAUUUUUAAGAAAAAAUUCUAAAUUAAACAUUGCUAAAAUCAGAAUUCAGAAAGUGCACAAAUCAUUUUUAUUUGUUAGGUUAAAAAAAGAACUUCAUAUUUAUAUAUUAUCUACAUAAACUCAACUCAGUGCAUUCUGUUGUUUUACCUUUAAUUGAAAUUAUACGUUUUUAAAAAUAAAAUUCAGUUGCUAUUGUCAUUUUUUUAACACAUCCUUGAUUGUUAAUUAAUUAACAGAAGAUAAAUAUCUAUCUAUUUUCAGAGCAAGUUCGGAAGAAAUCUCUUGUUGAAUGUGAUGCUUCAGUGCAAAAACUUGUUACAAUUUUGCAGCAAAAUACUUUUGAAAAUGGAGCUCAUAUGGAUUAUUUUGAUGAAAUUAAUUAGGAGCCACUGAAAAGCAAGCUUUAUGAAAACUCCAAUCCCUUUCCAAGUCUGACAUUUGACAUCUCAAUCUGUUAGCUGCAAUCAGAAAAGUUUUUAGAAAGUUAUUUUUCUUUUAAAGACACUGUCGCCAUUGUUAUAAAUUUUGCUUUUUGUACAUUCUGAGAGUAUGGACUUUCUUAAUGACCAAUUAUUGUCAAACUUUAUUGAACUUAUCCUGUAAUUUUCUUUGAAAAAUUGUUAUUUAUUAUUGUCUUUAUAAAAGAAGUUAUGGUGUUAAGCCUUUUGAGAUAACCUUUACCAUUUUGAAGGUUAUUGCUUAAGUUUUAUAUACCAUUGAUCUUAAUAACUAUGUGAUAGUCAGAUUUUGCUGUCUAUUGUUUUUAUAUCACUGAAAAGUGAGGCAUGGACUCUAGUCAGGUGGUGUUAGAGAAAUUUUAAGGGGGCAUCACUGUACAUGUGUAUUUCUAAUUCAUGGAUUUUCUCCCUUGCUAUAUAACCAUUUAGUUGAAUUUUGGUUAGGCACUCAUAAACAUGAAUUGUGAUUACAAUUUACCUGUUCUUUGUAGCUAUCUUUAGCAGUUUCAGAUUGGAGACUGGUUAUAAAAAUUAAAUAUUUUCUAAAUGGUCAAAAUGACACUGUUGACAGGAUACCCUUUAAAAAUGUUCUUGUUUCAAAAUCUUACAAAAAUAGCUCUCCUCAGUUAUCUCUAAAAGAAUUAUGUUGUUAGGUACUUCAUUAUUUUCCAAAAUUUUUUUUAUCUUUCUCAAAUUGAUUAGCCUAUUUUGCAAUUUAGCAAGGGUAAAAUCUUAUGGCAUUUAUUUUAAAAAAAACACACAACAUCAUGAAUACACAAAACCUUCUAGGACAGUGGCUCUCAACCUUCUUUAAUGUCGCAACCCUUCAAUACAGUUCCUCGUGUUGUGACCCCCAACUAUAAAAUUUUGUUCUUUGCUACUUCAUAAAUAUGUGUUUCCCAGUGGUCUUAGGUGCCCCUGUGUAAGGGUCGUUCGACCCCCCCCCCCCUCCCCCCCAAAGAGGUAGCGAACCAUAGGUUCAGAACCGCUGGUCUAGGGUAAGGAUUUUAGGAAUUCCCUUAUUACUUAUUAACAUUAUUAUUGAUUAAAUGAGUCCAAUUUAUUGACGAAUCUAAACAAAUCUAUGUAGGUUAAAGAAGGCAAGGCAAAGAUUGCUCAUGACAUAAAGAUUAAUGAAAAACAUUAUUAUUACUGUUUUACUUCUUUAGAACAGGGCUUUAUAGUUUAAGGGUUUUGCUGGUGAAUGUAACGGUUGUUCAUUUUCAAACAGGGUUUAGCUGGUGAAUGUGACGGUUGUUCAUUUUCAAACAGGGUUUUCUGGUGAAUGUGUAAAGGUUGUUGAUUUUUAAACAGGGUUUAGCUGGCGAAUGUAAAGGUGUUCAUUUUCAAACAGGGUUUAGCUGGCGAAUGUAAAGGUGUUCAUUUUCAAACAGGGUUUAGCUGGCGAAU